GCUCAAUGGAGAUACUGCUGAUGGCGCAAAAGGUAAAAGGUAAAAGGUCACAGAGCUGUCACUGAUCAGGAAGAGAGCUUGACUGGCUGGCUUCUUGAGAAAGGACUCUGUACAUUACUUUUCUGUUCAUACGUCUUGAAAAACACGAGCAAUAUUCCGAUUUAUUUUUUUUUACUAUGAAAAUGGUAAGGAAUCAAAGUGAUAAACGAGAGGUGGACACUUUUGUGGCAGAGUCAUUAACGGGAGAAGGCACAAAAACCAAGGAUGGGAGAAGCCCUAAAGGAAAUGCCCAUUUGGAAGGUGGAUCAGCCCGCAUGUCUCUCCUCAUUUUGUUGUCCGUUUUCUUGUCUGCUGCUUCAGUCAUGUAUCUGGUGUACCGAAAUUUCCCUGAGUUAAACAAUGAUGAGAAAGAGAAGAUGAAGAUCCCUAAAGAUAUGGAGGAUGCCAAGGCCCUGGGGACCGUGCUCUCCAAAUACAAAGACACCUACUACACACAAGUACUGGUGGCCUACUUCACUACCUACAUCUUUCUGCAAACGUUUGCCAUCCCUGGGUCCAUCUUCCUGAGCAUCCUGUCUGGGUAUCUCUACCCAUUCCCACUGGCGCUCUUUCUAGUCUGUCUGUGCUCGGGCCUCGGAGCCUCCUUCUGCUACAUGUUGUCAUAUCUAGUUGGAAGGCCCGUGGUCUACAAAUAUUUAACAGAAAAGGCAGUGAAAUGGUCCCAGCAGGUUGACAAGCACAGAGGUCACCUUAUUAAUUACAUCGUCUUCCUGAGAAUAACCCCUUUCCUGCCCAACUGGUUUAUUAACAUAACCGCCCCAGUGAUCAACGUACCCCUGGGGGUUUUCUUCAUAGGGACCUUCUUUGGGGUAGCUCCUCCAUCGUUUGUGGCUAUUAAUGCCGGCACGACUCUGUACAAGCUGACCACUGCUGGGGAGGCUGUGUCCUGGAACUCUCUCUUUGUCCUGGGGAUCCUGGCUGUCCUGUCCAUUCUACCGGUCUGCUUCCAGAAGAAAUUACAACAGAAGCUGGAGUAGACCCCCUCAUCCUGCCCUCCACCUCUCUACAGCUCAGCACCAGUACAGGCCUCCACAUCUAUGUUACUCCGUCAUCAUCCUUUGGGCCUCUUUGUAUUUGCUGAUUUAUUGUUUUGUAUUUUAGAUUUUUUUAAUGCAUUUAUUAAUUUGCAAACUUUUUCAUUUUGGCCCUAUAAAACAUUGUUUAAAUAUGUUUUAUACAACUUUCAAAGUUGUAACUUACAAAGCAAUAAUUUUAAAGAGGUGUGUGUGUUUUAAAAGAAAACACUUGAGGUGAAAGAUCAGAUUGUGUGUGUUCACUGGAGCCAGGUUACACUGUCCCUUGAUUAGCUGUCUGUUUGGAAUUGGACAUGAAUCUCACAGCUUUUUGCAAAAUCAAUAAAAAACAGGCCCAAUUACCAAUAAUUGCCAUUGUUAUAAAAUGGUACAAAGUAAUCCUGUACUAUUUAAUUGCAUUAUGCUAACCCUAGUCUUAAUCUGUUCAUUAACAGCUAUUGCUGUGUAAGGGAUAAUUACCUCAUUUAAUGCUAUGUAAUCACUGGUAAUUGUUAUCCAUUUAAUAUAGUGGGACCAAGGAAUUUAAUAUAACUGGAAUAAAACAUUUUGAGAAAAAUUAUAUAUAUAUAUAUAUAAUAUAUACAAUGGGUACUAUUGCAUCGUAACACAUUAUUUAUAUUUACUUUAAAAAAUAAAUAAAUAAAUAAAAACAGGAAAUUAACAUUAAAACCUAAAAUUAUCAUUGCUGGAGCCCUGUUUCCAUCUAGCCCACAUUAAAUGGUAAGACUUUGAAACUGCCUAUUAAGAAUUUGUCUCGUUGCACUUUGAAAAGGAAUUUAGAAGCCUAAAUAAGAACAUGCACUGUCUAGGAAUGGCUGAACUCCUAGGAGAAACUGGAUUCCUGAUGUUUGGUACAGUUUUCUGCAAAGUAAAAACCCUAAAUAUAACAACUACUCUCUGACAAGUAUUUUAAUUCUGUCCCAUUUCUUCUUGGAGGGUAGUGUCUGUGUGGAAUUGUUCUAAAGAUUUGCAUUGUCCAUAAAAUAAUAAUAAUAAUAAUAAUAAUAAUAAUUAUCCAUAAUAUAAGCCAGUUGGCCCAAAACAACCUUUUAUUCUUGUGAGUAAAUAAACAAAUAGCCAGCAGCACAGUGUCUGCAAAACCACUGUAUCAUCCAAUCAGAUCCCAGAGUGACACAGUCGGAGGGUUCAUGCAAAAGUGAGAGUGAGAGAAGAUAGGUUCAAUAAAACCACGCCAAAUAUCUAUGAACAGCACUGUUAACGGCAUUGCUGUGCUAAAUCGUUUGUAGACUUUAAUUUAGUGAACUAGUGAACAGAUAAGUUCACUAUAUUAAAGCCUUCUGUAUUUUGAUUGAACCCACCUGUUAGCUGAAAUCAAAUGGCUUAGAGCUGCAUUCAAGUUAUGUCAUUUUAGUUUUUGUUGUCAUUUUUCUAUAUGUACAUUUAACUUGGAUAUCUUUCUAAAUACAAAUGGUUUCCUUUUUAGUGCUUUGCUGACUGUUUCAUGUCUGUAACAAAAAGAAACACACACUUUAUAUGCUUAUGUUACUGGAUAGGAAAUGUUAUCUCUAAUUUAAUUUCUUUACCUAAGGUGGUAACAUGAGGUGGUGCUAAUUGGGAUCUGUUAGUUGUAGUUUUAAAUGAAGCGUUCAUAGUUUUAUGAUACCUUAAAUGCCAUUUACUUGAACUGCCAAGAUGAGAUCUUUGUACUAUAGUUUAUACAGUUGGUCUGCAAAUGUUUUUUGUCGUUUUACAAUGGUGUGGCCUAGGAAUCUGUCAGAUCUAUCUGCAAGGACUAAUGUUGUGCGCACCAUCUUUGUCGUGAACGUUGUUUAUUUGUUCAUUGAGUCCUUUUUUUUUUUUUACAAAAGGAUAAUAUCUUAAUUGUAAAAUAUUCAAAAUUGAUCAGGUGAUAAUAAAAAAGUCAGAGAUAGAAAAAAUGGACCUAGAGUAGUGUGCAAAUGUAUUAGAACACCUCCAGAUUUGUCAUUUAUAUCCUUUAUAUACCUACCUGCAUGAAAACCUCUGGGGGUUAGAAUUUUUGGUCAGUAAUCUGUGAUAUGGACAGAAAGAGUUAGACCCCUUUGUGCUUUAAUUUGGCAUCUUAAACAAUUUCUAAAAAGUCUAUGUGCUCGUUUUCUCUUACUAUUUUAAAAUUAAUGAGGCCUAUUCACGUCGUCAAUUAAAUUAGACUAAUGUACCUAUUUUGACGAUUUUCCAAAAUAUAACAAUUACGGUUUUGGCCACAAGAUGGCAGCAUGUGCACAUUUUAAAAGAUCAUUAGAACCAAAACAAGCGCUGUAAAGGCAGAGUUAUGUUAAGCACAGUAUUGCUUUUUUGUCUCUGUUUUCAUGACCUACAAGCUGUUGGUGAUUGAUGUUCACUCCGUCUUGUAAAAAAUAUAACAGGGUUUUGCAGUCUGGUGUUAUAAAAUGUGAUGUAUCCCAUGCUGAUUGUACUGAGGGGAACCACACAGAUAUAUACACUUUUCAUGCAGUAUCAUUUUUUUUUUUAAUGUAAAGUGCAAGGUGAUGGCAUUUGUACCACGUUCUGUGCAGACAUUUGUACCAUAUGUGAACAGUCUAUAUAACAUGCAUCCACUCUGUAAGCCUCAGUGUUAACAUGUGCACUUGAAAUGUACAAUAUAAUAUAUCAUAUCAUUUGUAGAUCUUUUUUCCAACUUCACCAAAAAAAAAUGGUGUUAUGAUCAGAUAUUUAUUAUGAACUAAUAAAAACAAACAUAAUUUA